GCGGCUAACUUAAUUUAUGUGCUUGUGCUUUCAUAAAUAGGAUUGUUGCAAAGUGAAUGAAAUUCACGUUCUUAUAGAUAGAAUAAAAAUAAACAUAAGAAAUUGAUUUUUAAUUCGGGGAGAGCUGAAUUUUGAGUGAGAAAAUGGUGAAGUUAACACCGGAUCUUAUACAGCAGUCGAUGCAGUACAUAAAUCCCGUGCGGGAUCGAGAGUUGGAUCUUAGAGGUUACAAAAUCCCAACGAUCGAGAAUUUAGGAGCAACCCUGGAUCAAUUCGACACGAUUGACUUCUCGGACAACGACAUUCGUAAGUUGGACGGAUUUCCUCUUCUGAAGCGCAUAAAAACUCUCUUCUUCAACAACAAUCGAAUCGUCAGAAUAUCCGAGGGGCUGGAACAGUGUAUUCCGAACCUUGAGACCCUGAUGUUAACAGGAAACAUGCUUCAAGAACUGGGGGAUCUGGAUCCCCUGAUUCCUCUGAAGAAUCUCCAAAACCUCUGCCUCCUGCAGAACCCCGUCUCAGCAAAGCCUCAGUAUCGACAGUAUCUCAUUUAUCGACUUCCUCACCUACGUCUCCUGGACUUCAGGAAGAUAAAGCAGAAGGAGCGAGAGGCAGCUGUCGAGUACUUCAGGAGUAAGACUGGGAAAGACAUGGCUCGAGAGAUCGCUAAGAAGGCGAAGAUGCAGGCAUUGAUGGGAAUACCUGAGAAGCCGACGAUGAGCAGUGAAGAGAGGAAUAAAAUCGAAAAGGCGAUUAAUAGUGCCUCGAGUUUGGAGGAAGUCAAGAGGCUGAGUAAAUUGUUGCAGUCAGGACAAAUCCCUGGGCCAGAGGAGCAUCAGAAUGGAGAAAACGACAUGGAGGAAGAUGAUGAGUAACCGUAAGAAUCCAAUAAUAAGGCUUUUUUUUAUAAUUAAAGUAACAAAAGAUUAUUCGUCGUACAGGUAAGUGCAUCAGACUGAAGACGUCUUAUUUUUUUUAAUAAAAAAAAUCAGUUAUCAAGUUAAUAAGAGAUCGUACACUACACUGAAACAGUUUUUGAAGAUUGAAUUAUUCUAGUCAUCUAAUUACUGAUGAUCGUGAAUAAAACAAUUUCAAAAUCUAUGAAGCGAUUUCCCAAACUCGAUGGAGAUAGUCGAACCAAUUCUAUCAUCCACUUGUUAUCUUUCAGAAGUCUUCAAGCGAUCGCUGUGGUAAUCUGCAAUACAACUGGAGACGUACACGAUCAAUAAUAAAUAAAAUGAGUCAUUUUAUAAUGACAGAGUAUUGCGAUUUUUCCUGUUGUGAAAAAUCAUAAGAAAUAAAAUUUUUUUGUACAUAG